UCACUGCUAGCUAAGCACAUUGGCUAACUUUAACCUGUAAGUGCAAAAUAACAAAGUUACAGCUGGACAUUGAUGUCAUAGGCUAACAGUUACCGUAGCUUUCCUUUUAACGAAAUAAGUAGAAUAGAAAAACGUUGAUGGUACGCAUCGAACUUUAACGUAAGGUGUAUGGCUGAAAAUCAGAGUCAACCUUGGUGAGCUGCAAAUGAAAGAAUGGAGAAGGAACAGCACAACACUGUCGUCUUCAAUUUUUCGAAAAGAGAACUGUUUACUACAAACAAUGGGUACAAAUCCAUGCAGAAAAGGCUACGAGCUCAAUGGAAAAUCCAAAGUAUGAAGGAAGAGCUGGCUCUGGAUAGGCUGAAGGGUGUCAAGUUGUGGAUAACUGCAGGUCCAAGGGAGAAGUUCACAGCAUCGGAGCUGGAGGUACUGAAGCAGUACCUGGAUGGAGGAGGAAACGUCCUGGUCAUGCUCGGUGAAGGAGGAGAAAUGAAAUAUGACACCAAUAUCAACUUUCUCCUGGAGGAGUUUGGAAUAAUGGUCAACAAUGAUGCUGUUGUGAGGAAUGUGUAUUACAAAUACUUCCAUCCCAAAGAGGCACUUGUAUCCAAUGGUGUACUGAACAGAGAGAUCAGUCGGGCUGCCGGGAAAGUGGUCACAGGAAUCAUUGAAGAUGAAAAUGUUGGAAACAAUGCACAGGCUCUCACAUUUGUGUACCCGUAUGGUGCCACACUGAGUGUGAUUAAGCCUGCUGUGGCUGUGCUUUCAACUGGCUCAGUCUGCUUCCCCCUCAACAGGCCUGUCCUGGCCUUCCAUCAAGGAAAGGAGGCUGGCAAACUGGCAGUGUUGGGUUCCUGCCACAUGUUCAGUGACCAAUACAUAGACAAGGAGGAGAACAGUAAAAUCAUGGAUGUUGUGCUCCAGUGGCUCAUGACUGACAAUAUUCAGCUGAAUCAGAUUGAUGCUGAAGACCCAGAGAUCACUGAUUACACCAUGUUGCCAGACACAGGGUGUUUGUCAGAGCAGCUCAGAGUGUGCUUACAAGAAGGUGAUGAAAACCCCAAGGACUUCACCUCUCUCUUUGACAUGUCUUUGUUCAAUUUGUCAACUGACACUUUACCCCAAGUCAUUAGUGCUUACAAGCAACUUAAUGUCAAAGACGAGCCACUUCAGCUGAUCACGCCACAGUUUGAGACGCCUCUGCCUCAGCUUCAACCUGCUGUCUUUCCACCAGCCUUAAGUGAUUUGCCUCCACCAAUGCUGGACCUGUUCGAUCUAGAUGAAACGUUCUCUUCUGAGAAAGUGCGCCUGGCACAGCUCACCAAUAAAUGUACGGACGAUGAUCUAGAAUUCUACGUGCGGAAAUGUGGUGAAAUCCUGGGAGUUACUCCAAAGUUAGAUAAAGAUCAGAGGGAUGCGAAGCACAUCAUGGAACACAUUUUCUUCCAAGUUGUAGAGUUCAAGAAACUCAAUCAGGAGCAUGAUAUGGACACAGAGGCACGAUUUACACCAAUGUGAAUGGAUUCACAAUACAUUUGACUCUCAACUCUGUUCUUUCAAUAUACUGUACAAAUACUAAGCAGGUGUGUAUUCUUAAGUAAAAUUUGUUAGACUGUUACAGUUGUGGCCUAUGAUCCAUAAACUUGGUACUGCAGUGAUUAGAAACUGUACAUAAGAUACCUUUUUAUACAUCUUUUCAAUGCAUUUCAUCUUUGAAAGAAAAUGUAAUACACCUGAGAAGUCACAUACCUUUAUUUAAAUAUUAAAAUCUUUUAUAAAAACAAAA